AUGCCGACUGCCCCUGCAAAGACAAUGACCUACACUCGCUUGGGUUCGAGUGGCCUGAAGGUUUCCAGGAUUAUCCUUGGAACGAUGAGCUACGGGACACCCGACUGGCAAGGAUGGGUGCUCAACGAAGAGGAAGGUCUGAAACAUAUCAAGGCUGCAUAUGAUGCAGGAAUCCAGACGUUCGACACAGCCAACGUGUACUCGAACGGACUGUCAGAAGUGAUUGUUGGGAAAGCGAUCAAGAAGUAUAAUCUGCCGCGAGACGAAAUCGUGAUCCUCACCAAAGUCAUGCUCCCGGUUGGGAAGGAGCACAACCUUAGCAGUGAGGCGCUGUUUGUGGGUGAUGCGGAACUAGAGGCCAAGGGCUAUACGAACCAGUUUGGGCUGAGUCGGAAACAUAUCUUUGAUUCCGUCAAGCGGUCACUAGAGCGCCUUCAGCUCGACUACGUGGACGUGCUUCAAUGUCACCGCUUUGACUACAACACAUCCAUCGCCGAAACUAUGCAGGCACUUCACGAUGUAGUCCAGGCUGGGUAUGCACGUUAUAUUGGGAUGUCGAGCUGCUACGCGUACCAGUUCCAUGCUAUGCAGAACUAUGCGAUCACGAACAAGCUGACGCCGUUCAUCUCUAUGCAAAAUUACUACAACCUGAUAUACCGAGAGGAGGAGCGGGAGAUGAUUCCGACGCUCAAGCAAUCGGCUCGAGAGAGCAGUGAUCCAUGGAUGGGGCUUGCGAAGAGGCAGACGGAGUCCGAGAAUGCGAUAAUCAAGCGGGUUGAGGAACUGGCAGAAUCAAAGGGCGUUAGUAUGGCUCAGAUCUCGGUCGCCUGGGUGCUGUCGAAGGACCCGGUGGCUGCUCCGAUUGUGGGAACGACAAGUCUGAAGAACCUGGAAGACAUCAUAGGUGCGAUCAAUGUGAAACUGACGGAAGAAGAAAUCAAGUCACUGGAGGAACCGUACUUGUCACAAUCAAUCAGCGGGCACUACUAA